CGGACAGCAGCUUACGGCCGAGUGACAGCAGCAGUGCCGCGUUUGACCACUGGAGGCCAGUGUAACAGAUUUUAACCAAGUCGGUUGAGUAAACGAAGAAAACGUACAACCACAAUGGCUGAUAGAAAGAACCCUCUGAGUCAGCUGAAGGACCUGGGGGAGCUGCAGGACCAGCUGGAGGACCUCCAGAAGCGGAUGGAGGAUGAGAUCCAGGCAGGAGUUCCUCCAGGAGGCAGUCUCCUCACCUCUCCCUUCCUGAAGGGUUUUCUGGCCGGGUACAUCAUUGCUCGGCUCCGGUCGUCGGCUCUGCUUGGUGUGGCUGUAGGAACGUGUACAGGGAUCUACGCAGCACAAAACUACGCCGUUCCAAACAUCGAAAACACCGUCAAAGAUUACAUCAGCAACCUGAAGAACCGACGGAAGUCAGACUAGAGCGCCGAAGGGACCGGUACUUUUUUACUGCACUGAGGGAUCCAGAGAAAACAGGAUUUAAGAGGCAAAACAGCUUUAAGAGUACGACAGAACUGGUCGUUACAUAAAUAUAUUACACACACAGUUUAUCUGUCACAUGGUCUGUGGGUAUGGGUUUAAAGAAACAUAGUGUCAUAAUUUUACCACAGCUCUGUGAUCAAUGGCUUUAAACAUACAUUUGUUGUUUCAA